UUCCUUUUCAAUAACACGUGGUAUAACGGAAUGGUAUUUGAAGGUCCUGAGGGCUUUUUGAGUAAUAGGGAGAUGUUUCUGAUUGGGAUGCCUCGACUCAGGCAAUUACGUGUUAAGUCAGAUAAUUCCUGCUUGUCUGAAACACCAAGACAACUGCAGCAUUUUUUCACAUCCUGCCUUCAAGAGUACAAUAUAUUAACAGAGGACAAAACCCAGUACAGCCUUCCAGGUUGGCAGCGUCCUCCAAUCGACUUGGACGUCAAUUCUUCAGAGGAAUUAAUCGACAAUUAUUGCCCAAAACCUUGGAGGUACUCUAGUUUCAAAUCUAUCCAGACAUUGCCAUAUAUGGGAGAUAAUGUUUUAUAUGGAGGGGGAGGCUUUGUUGCUGAUUUGGGCUACAGUAUUACAACGGCAUUAAGCGUUGCAAGUAGCUUAAAGGAAAAUAAUUGGAUUGAUGACAGCACAGCAGCAGUGUUCGUUGAGUUCACUGUAUUCAGUCCAACUACAAUGCUGUUCAGUUCUGUAAAGCUACUAUUUGAGAGAUUUCCCUACGUAGCAACGACCACUUCAUUGCGUAUCAACACUUUUAAUGUUUAUCCAACAACCAAUAAAACAUUCCUACAGCUUUACUAA